AUGGCAACUACUACAAAAUCUAAUGUUAAAGGAACCUAUAAUAAUUGGUUUAAAAAUCUUUAUACUGAAUGUAGAACAGCUGAAGAUAUUAGAUGUUCAUCAUAUAAUCAUCGUCAGUUAAUUAGAACAACAUGUAUUGAAACAGACAUUAAAACAAAAUAUGAUCAAUUGAAUACAAACAUUCGUUUGUCUGAUCGUAUACGGACUGUACGUCAAUGGCGAGAUGAAUUGACUAGCCAAUUGAAUCGACUUAAAGAAAGAAUAGUUCAGCUAAAGGAUGCUAAACACUUAACAGAAGAAUUCAUGGUGAAAUUAAAUGAUUUAAUAGGUGUCAAUACUGAAUGUUUAACAAGUUUAGAUCGUAGAUGUAAUGGUGAAUAUAUCGAUGAUCCUGUUUUUAAGGAGUUGAAUCAAGAACGUAAUCUAUUGAAAGAUGAUUUAUAUAAUGAUCUUCAAUUACAAAUUAAUGAAGCAUUUCAUAUACUUAUUGAGUUGAAUGAUGUAUCACAACUAUUUUAUCCAGAUAUAACCAAUAAAAAUGAAGCUAUAGACAUUGAUAUUGAUGUAUAUAAUAUGAAUGAAAAGUCAUCUAGUGUUACCUUUAAACCAUUCUAUGAUCAUUCAUCACAACAAUUACUUGAUUUACAAACAUGGGAGAAUAUAAGUCGGGAAACAUUAGAAAAGGCUAAAAUAAUCAUGAAUAAAGCCGAUGAUCUGCUUCACAGAUUACAUAAUAGUUUACAUAUAACAAUAAAUCGAAUAACAAAUAAAACUGAUCAAGUGAAUGGUGUACUGCGAAUGCGUAGUUAUGAUACAUUGAGAGCAUUACGUGAAAUAGAAUAUCAACUAAAGUCUGUAAGUUUUAAUUUCUUAAAAAUUGUCUUCGAUACUUGA